AUGGAAGACACUCAUUUCCGAGCUCAGGGAGCGCCAGCUGAACAGAGUUUCGUCUAUCAGCAUUCUAUCCCUGUUCCACCGCAGGCAUAUGAACGAGAAGAGUAUUUUUGCAAAUUUACUCCUCGCAUCCACCGCGAUGCCUAUCUCGCCGACGCAGGAUCUUGGCAAUGCCAAGUCGAUUUCCUAGACUCCAGUGAUGCCGCGCGUGCCGAUGCUGUCCGGAAUCAAGCCCAUAAGAGCUAUGCUGUGGGCUGCAUCAAUCCGAUUCUCCGAGAAACCAACCAGGAGCUCGUGGAAGGUCUCCUUGACGAGGAAGUAAAAGCCGGCGGCAAAGAUCAUGUGAGAAGGAGGCAAUUACAGGCUAAAAUGGCUGUCGAGAUGAUGGAAAUGGAUAAAGAGCAAGGCUUGGAGUGUCUUCGUCUCUGGAAGGAAAUGUCAGAUGUGUUUGUUCAGAUACGAGAUCUCAAUUUCACGAAAUUGGAUGACUACCUGUACUUUCGUGGCAUCGAUGCGGGAUGUCCGUGGACUAUGAGUCUUUUAUGCUUUUCUAUGGAUUUUAAGCUUACAGAGGACGAAACCAAAAGCACUGCGCGAAUCACAAGCGCUGCAUACGAUGCCUGGGUUCUGGUAAACGAUUACUUCUCCUGGGAGAAAGAGCGGCAAAAUUACGAGGCAAAUGGUUCUGUUGGAGAGAUAGUCAGCGCCAUCUUCAUUUUCAUGAAGUGGUAUUCGGUUGAUGAAAAAGAGGCGAAGAGGAUGGUCAAGAAAGAAAUUAUGGCUCGCGAGGAGAAGUAUUGCAAAGAAAAGGCCGACUUUGUGGGCCAAGGAAAUUUGACCGAAAAAACGGCGAAGUGGUUUGAACUGCUUGACCUUGUCACGGCCGGGAAUUUUGCGUGGAGUAUGACCACCGCACGCUACAACCUUGAUAACGAAGAUGCGUAUCCAGCACUCCGCGCGGAACAUUCAAAGAAGAAGACCGCCACGUCGGUUGACAGCCUCACUUUGCCUAUAUCUCAAAAUGUCGCAAAAAGCAUCAAGCAAAAGAAGGAAGAAUCGAAUGAGCAGGAAUAUGCUGAUGGCUCAAGCAUAUCCUCGACCAUAUCCUCCAGCACUCCGCCCACGACUCCAGGUGAUCCAACAGACGCUAUUGACGAAAAGAUUGGAAAUGUCGCGUUGCCCGUUCCCCGAUUAGUCCCUUCCUUAACUCAAUUUGAAGAACUGGUCUUGGAGCCUUACGCCUACAUUGAAUCGCUUCCUUCAAAGGGAGUGAGAAACACUGCGAUUGAUGGCCUUGAGGCUUGGUACCAUGUUCCUGAAAAAUCGCUUGAGAUUAUCCGUGAUAUUGCAAACUCAUUGCAUGCCGCUUCUCUGAUGCUCGACGAUAUCGAGGACGAAUCUCCCCUAAGACGAGGAUAUCCUGCCACACACACUGUCUUCGGUAUAAGUCAGACAAUCAACUCAGCGAACCUGGUCAUGUUUAAGGCCUUAAGAGCCGCAAAGUCGCUGUCUCCAGCCGCAGUGUCGAUAUUGACAGAAAGGAUUAUAGAAGGCCAUAUUGGCCAAGGGAUGGAUUUACAUUGGAAGCAUCAUACAGAGAUACCUACUGAGGAGGAGUAUUUCGCAAUGGUUGAUGGCAAAACCGGUGGCCUCUUCCUUCUCUUAGCAGAGUUGAUGCGUUCCGAAGCAACCAUCAAUAAAGAUCUCGACAUUGGUCCGCUCAUGGAGGCUGUUGGCCGGUUUUUCCAGGUUCGCGAUGACUAUCAGAAUCUUGAAAAUGCAGACUAUACAAAGCAAAAGGGAUUUGCAGAAGAUAUCAGCGAGGGCAAACUCUCAAUGCCCCUCAUACAUGCCCUUGCUUCAAAGUCGUUGCAUCGUGGCCGCCUUCUAAGUAUCCUUCAACAGCGUAAGGCCGGCAACGACCUAUCGCACGAAAUCCGAAAAUUGGCGUUAGACGAUAUAAAAGCUGCCGGAGGCUUGGAGCAUACAAAGAGUAUUGCAUUGGAAUUGCAGAAGACAGUUGACAAAGCGUUGACAAAUUUGGAAGAGAAAACAGGGGUGAAGAAUUGGAUCUUGAGGUUGAUGCAGAAACGGUUAGAGCUCUAA